AUGCAGCAGAACAGCGAGUUUUUAACAGAAACACCUGGAAGCGACCCUCACAUAUCUCAAUUGCAUGGCAACAGCGUAAUGGAAUCACAGCUCUUGGACGAUUUUCUACUGAAUGGGUCUCCCAUGUACCAUGACGAUAGCAUGGCGCAUAUUAAUAUCGAUGAGGCUGCUAAUUUCCAAAAUUUUAUCAAGACAGACGGCGCUGACUCGCCCAAUUUGUUGUCUUUUGAAGGAAUCAGUAAUAACACUCAUGCUAACCAAAACGUGUCCACUCCCAUAGAGGAAGAGAUGGAAGGUGAGAAUGGGUUUAAGGAAGAGGAAGAGGACGAACACGAAGAAAAGGCUUUCGAGGAAAGGGAUUCGGGCAAGCCUACUCAUGAUGAGGUUGUGUUUGGUAGAAAAGAGGCGAUUCGGUCUGUUUAUAUCAAUCCUUUAGACUACCUUAAGGUGGGUGCGGCCGAACUGCCUUUGGAAAUGGAGGUUUCAGGGUUGCCGCAGGUAUCCAGAGUGGAAAAUCAACUCAAAUUGAAAGUGAAAAUUACAUCGGAGACUCCGCUGAGCCAAAAUAUGGUUUACUUACCUAGCGAUUCCAUUUCAAGGGAGAAAUUUUACUUGAAGAAAAAUAUUGACCAGUUUUCGCAUGACUUCAGGAAGAACCUGCUUUAUAUAAAUGCAUUUGUUCUUUGUGCCGUGAGCAACAGAACGACAAAUGUUUGUACUAAAUGUGUUAAGAGAGAACAAAGAAGAGCCGCUAGAAGAAAAUCAGGUAUCGCGGACAAUCUACUAUGGUGUAAUAACAUCAACAGAAGGUUGGUUGUCUUUAAUAACAAGCAGGUGUUCCCCAUAAUGAAAACCUUCGAUAAUGUAAAGGAGUUCGAAUUAACUACCAGAUUAGUUUGUUACUGUAGACACCAUAAGGCAAACAAUGGGUUUGUUAUAUUGUUCACCAUAACCGAUUGGCGAAAUGGGUUAUUGGGUAAAUUCACCACAACGCCCAUCAUGAUUACAGAUAGAAAGCCCGCAAACAUGGACAUCAAUAAAUUCAAUAACACUACCACUGCCUCUAGAAGGCAAUUAACAGAAGAGGAAUCUACGACAGAAUAUUAUUCAACGGAUAAUAACCAAUUGAGCAGAGAUGAAAACGUGCCAUUUCAGUACACUUAUCAACAUAACCCAUACGAUAAUGACGGUCAAGUGAAUAAUGUUCCAUUGAAAGACAAAAACGUACCAUUCCAAUAUUCCAUCCCUCAACAAUCGGACCUACUACAGAAUAAUAACUUAUCACUAAAUCUUUCUUUACCUAACCAGCAUAUCCCAUCACCAACAUCUAUGAGUGAAGAGGGCUCAGAGUCAUUUAACUAUCAUAAUCGCGACAACGACAAUCCAGUUCGUACCAUCUCCUUAACCAAUAUCGAGCAACAAAGUCAAUUGAAUCAACGGAAGAGAGCGCGCAACAAUUUGGAAAAUGACAUCGGCAAACCUCUGUUUAAGCAUUCCUUCUCAAAUUCAUUCAGCCCUGCAAACAAUACCAUGAAUCCAUCUUUACAUGCAAUGCAAGAUUUUUCAAUGAAAAAUAACAAUAACAACAACAACACAUUGCCAUCAAUUAAUCGCGUUAUACCUUCACAAGGCCCAAUAAAUGGUGGUAUUGAAGUUACUUUAUUAGGCUGCAACUUCAAAGAUGGCCUUUCUGUCAAAUUUGGUGCCAACCUUGCCCUUUCCACACAAUGCUGGAGUGAGACUACAAUCGUCACCUAUCUUCCUCCCGCAGCCUAUGCAGGUCAAGUGUUUGUCUCUAUUACGGACACAAGUAAUGAAAACAAUGUCGAUAAUCUUCCUCAGGAAAUUGAAAUUAAUGAUAACAAAAAAGCCAUAUUCACUUACGUUGACGAUACGGAUAGACAACUGAUUGAAUUAGCUUUGCAAAUUGUUGGGUUAAAGAUGAAUGGUAAAUUAGAAGAUGCAAGAAAUAUCGCCAAGAGAAUUGUUGGCAACGAUUCUCCUGAUAGUGGUGCAAAUAGUAAUGGCUGCUCAAAGAGCACAGGACCAUCACCGAAUCAAAAUGUUGCGAAUAUAAACACAAGUGUUCUUUACUCCGAUGAAGUCUUGAUACAAAAAGUUAUCAAAUCGUUAAACAUCAAUUCCAACAUUUCCAUAUGUGAUUCCUUAGGAAGAACUUUAUUACAUCUCGCAUGCUUGAAAAAUUAUUCGAACCUGGUAUUUACAUUGAUUAAAAAGGGUGCACGUGUUAAUGAUAUCGAUUCAUUUGGGUUAACUCCAUUACAUUUUGCAUGCAUAAGCGGUGACCCUAAAAUUAUUAAAAUGCUACUAAAUUGUAAAGUCAAUUAUUUGCUGAGGGCGCAUAAUGGACUAACCGCAAAGGAAGUAUUCAUAGCAAACCACAUGCGGUCAAAGGAAAGCAGGAAGAAAGAAGAAAAGAGAGAUAAUCACAAACUUGUCCAUAAUGAUGCUUACAUCAAUGAAGUAUUGUCAUUAUUUGAAGUAUUCGAGAAUGGAACACAAUUUGCCGAUAGUAUGGAAACAGACAGUAAUUGUUCAAUCAGCAGGAAAUACUCACAAACCAGUUUCAAUUCAAGUCUGUUAGAUAAUGAAUCUUUGAAUGAAAACUUAUUCGAAAAUCAAAGCAUGAUAAAUCCUACUCGCAUGGAAAUUCAACAUCCUACGUUACAAUUAUUCGAGAAUUCAAGUUAUUCUGAAUACGAUCAAAGUGAUUUUGAGGAGGACGGUGAUGAAAAUUUGUUUACUAACGACGAAGUUGAACUACUAGGGGUUGCACGCAAAACAGAGGAAAGGAAGCCUCUUGAUAUCGGGACUAACACCAAUGAGAUCGAUGAGGAAAAUGGCAGCACCUCUCUCUGGAAUAGAGUUUUACAUCGUAUUAAUGAUGAUUUACCGAAAUAUGAGGAUCUAUUCCCACUGUCUUGGGGAAAAGACGAUAAAUUAAAAGCCGUAAAUCAAGGCACUAUUAUAGAGCAGUCAUCAUCCAACAUUGAGAACUCUGAGAACUCAGAAGAAGAAGAUUACGAGGAAGAAGAAGAGUUCUUGAAGAAACAGUUCAAUAGAUUUUUCCAAAACAAACAAAACUUCCAAAAUGAUAAGAUGUUAAUAUUUUUUUGGAUCCCCUUGACAUUGAUGCUUUUAACAUGGUUCAUCAUGUAUAAGUUUGGCAAUGAAGAUAGUUCCAUCAAUCAUAUAAGUGAAUUGAUCUCGGAAUACUUGAGAAUUGCAUUAGCAAAGUUUUUGUUGGGAAAUGAGAGAAUGAAAACCGCAUUUAGGUCGAAACUAUCGAACCUGCAGACAACAAGAAUGUUGAACGAUCUAAUAGUAAGUUAA